UUCUAUUCUUCGCCAUUUCAAAAAAACCAUUUCUCUCUCUCUCUCUCUUCCUGGUUCCUCUGUGUAAAGCGAUAAACGAUGGCGAGAAGACCGGACGAGGAGUAUGAUUACUUGUUCAAAGUGGUUUUGAUCGGAGAUUCAGGUGUUGGGAAGUCGAAUCUCCUCUCUCGAUUCACUCGCAACGAGUUCUGCUUGGAAUCCAAAUCCACCAUCGGUGUCGAAUUCGCUACUCGUACCCUCCAAGUAGAGGGAAGAACUGUGAAAGCUCAGAUAUGGGACACAGCGGGUCAAGAGCGUUACAGAGCGAUAACCAGCGCCUAUUACCGAGGCGCUCUAGGGGCUCUCUUGGUCUACGAUGUCACCAAGCCGACAACCUUUGAGAAUGUGAGCCGGUGGCUGAAAGAACUCAGAGACCAUGCGGAUUCCAACAUCGUGAUCAUGAUGAUCGGGAACAAGACUGAUCUGAAACAUCUCAGGGCCGUAGCCACGGAGGAUGCUGAGAGCUACGCGGAGAAAGAAGGUCUUUCUUUCAUCGAGACAUCGGCCCUCGAAGCAACGAAUGUCGAGAAGGCUUUCCAGACGAUACUCUCGGAGAUUUACAGGAUCAUUAGCAAGAAAUCGAUAUCGUCCGACCAGACAACUGAGGCUGCUGCCAGCAUCAAAGAAGGGCAGACCAUCGAUGUCUCUGCUUCUUCUGAAACCAACACCAAGAAGACGUGUUGCUCUUCAUCUUGAAAAACAUAGCCCAGGCUCUAUUUGCCUUUCAAGUUAUUGUUUGCAUCACGAUUUAUCUAUUAUAUGGUAUGAUCCUCUUUACUCGAAGAUGGUUUGUUGCAUCUCUCCGAUGUUUUUUUCCUUCCAAAAAUAGUUUUUUUUUUGCUUAAUUAUGUGUCGGAUUUUUAAUUGGUUCUUCAAAAUUGCCUUUGAGAUUUGUCUU